UCAGUAGACAGGCGGCUUUUGAGCAAAGCAGUUCACAAUGAACAACACUAAGAUUCAGCUUUUUGUGUUUCUAUCCAUGAUGUAUCUCUCGGUAAUCUAUUGCUCCGGGGAUCAGAGUCGCCACAGGUUAUACCAACAAUCCGACGAGGCCAUAGCCACUAUUAGCAAUCAGUUAGUAUCCCAGGCUAUUGAGUUGGUGGACAGUGUAGUCGAGGACCUGCUCGUCCUGGACUCGAAGAACCCUAUAAUCCUGGGCUACCUGGAUAGAUUCGACGCCUUUACCGCCGUCAAUGAAACCAAGACGGAGGAGAAGCUAAACGCUUUCUACGACGUGGUGGAGGACUAUCUCGACUCUGACACCAAGGGGGAUCCCGUGGAGCUAUCCAGCAUCGAGAGUCAGUUGAUUUCCCUUUGCCUGGAGCGCAAUGGCUUCGAUCGAUGGAAGCGGACGGUUCAGACCCGGACCACCCAGCUGAACAGGGUGAUCUACAGAAAGUUGAAACGCCACAUGGAUACCCUGGACAACGAGGACAGGCUUGCGGUGGAGCGACGCUGGAAGAGAACCCUCAGUCGGGGAGGCCCCCCCAGACUGGAGAAGCUGAGGGACUUCGUCCAGUGGCUGGGCAAGUUCACAGAUUAGGCCCUCGGGUCAAAGGCCUUAGGUUAGACUGAUAAGAGAAUUAAACAUUCACACGAGUACGAACUAAGCGAUAAGUAUAUAAUAAAAAAUAUUUAUGACAAAAA